AAAUCAGCUAGGUUCCUGAUUCAGUAUAGUCUUCUUAAUAUCACCUUUACAAUACACUAUGCUAGUAUGAAUGUAAUGGUUCGGCAUUGCUGGCAUGAUGCUACAGUUGGAACAGCUGGUUUAUGACAUCACAAUUUGAUAACUGCAUCGGCAUUGCAGAGGCAUUGAUGACUGAAUGAACACUGAAGAAAAGAGCAGGGUUCAGAUCCUUCUCUCUUAAUGGUUAGUUUGGAAAAAUGGUAAACUCCUUGACUGAUGCGGUCCUGAUGUUCCUCGUGUGCAGUGCUGCUUAUACCCUGCAAAUAUAAAACUAAACUUUGUAAUUUCUUGUAGUUUGGUAGUAUUUUCAAUUUGAAUCCACAAUGCACAAGUCACUGUUGCGGUGCCACCUGGCUGCUCUUUGUAUUCCGAGAAUGUCUUACGGCUGGGGAGCGGGUUCAGGAAAAGGCAUCUGUUUCACACCACAGAAACAUUUAUGAUAUUUUAACAAAGGAUGAUAUUCAGGAGGUCAUAUAAGGAGGCCGCCAAAUGGAUUGUAAAAGGACUCUCCAAGUAUGAUGGCUGCAGAAUCUGGCUUGGCCCUGGGCACAUUAGCUUUUGCUUUCUUUGUACCGCUGUCGGUGGCUUCUCAUGAGGCAGUGACCAUUCCCGAAGCCCUGAUGACGGCUUCAGGGAGAGUUGUAGUCAGUUCCACAAGCUGCAGCGUCACCUGUGGGCUGGGUUACAAGGAAGAAGAGUCAUGUGAAAUUAGGCCUGAUGGGCAUAGGAGAGGCUGCACCCGACGGAAGGUGGACUGUUUGAACAGUUGGAUCUGUGGGAUGCGGCACUUCACCGCCCUGGUGGGCAGGCCGUUCGAGAUCAGCUGCCUAACCACUGCGGAGAUAGGUCCUGACACCCAGAGCUUCAGCUACACAUGGAGGCUAGCCCGAGGCAUCAUCACGACAGACGAUGCUCUCUUUGCCCCUUUCAAGAAUCCUGGCUUUGUCAUUAAGCUUUACCCCGCUGAGGAAUAUGAUUCGGGGACAUACAGGUGCGAUGUGCAGUUCAUGAAAAACUACAAGGUUGUCAAGAGAAUCUACUUUGGACUUCGUGUGAUCCCCGGCGACAUGGUAGAUCUGAAUUUUGACAAAUCCUUAACCCUGGAACAGCAAUCGGAAAGUGAAAAUAACCAACAGAACACCACCAGCAUGCCAGCCCAGGGUCGGUGGAGCUCUUGGCGCCAGAGGGCUGUGUUUGUGUUUCUGGUUGGCAUUGGAAGCGGCUUGGUGCUCGGGGCUGCGCUCCACAGCCUUCUCUACUGUGUCCUGUGCCCCAACCACCAUGAAAACGAUGAACGUGAUGGGGAAUGAGAUGUGCUGUUUUGUAGACUUGCUAUAUUAGAUUGCUUCUGUACAUCACAAUUUCACUAUGUUAAUCUUA